AUGGCGGACGCGACGCGCCACAACGACAUCGUCGCGCGUUUGCGCAUGUUCGCCGCGGCAGUCGUGCUCCUGGCCCGCCUGCGCGCGGCGGCGGCGGCGGCGGCGGAGUCGCCCGCCGCUCAACGGUGUCCCUUCGCGUACCCGUCGUAUCGCGAGGCGGCGCACGCUCACCUGGCGAAGGUUUUCGACCGCGCCGGUUUCGACACGCGGCGCGGGUCGAUGUGGUUCGCGAAAGGCGACGACGUCCCGCCCGACUGCCAGACGUGCGGCCGCGUCAACCCCGCGAUCGGCGCGUACGGCUGUCCCAUGCUGCCCACAAAGCGCGACCGGGAGCGCGCUUGGGAGCGCGCGUGGGAGCGCGCGUCGUCCCCAAAGACCUCCUCGGUCCUCGAGACCGCCAUCCUCGCCGACGGCGCCUCCACCGUCGGCUACAUCCCGAGCGACGCGAAGCGGGAGCGAGCCCCGCGACGCGACGCGCGAGCCGACCGAUAUAUCCCGGACCUGUCCUUCGCCACAGUCUCGCCCGCGGACGCCGAGGCGGUGUCCUUAGCUCCCGGCGAGCACCUCAGCUGCGAGUUGGACCUGGGGUUCAGGGACGCCGCGCUCGUCGUCGGAUGCACGCCGCCGCCGUCCAGGUACUUCGGGGUGACUCCGCACCUCUACCGCGAAUACUCCGUCGGAGGCGUCUCGGGGGGCGCGGAGACUUUGAUGAAGCCUCUCGGCGAUUCCCUCUCCUACGGCGUGGGUCCGCCGCGGGCCGCCCAGUCACCGGGCGGUACGUCGUCGUCCCCCGCCGCGAGGUACACCCGACUGGCCACCAACGCGCGCAAGGUCGGGACCAACUGGUACGCAAACGACGCGAGGGCGGUGGUCAGAGACGACGCGAGUUUGGAGUGCGCGGGACGCACAUUCGCCGUCCUCGUCGGCCGUUCCCGGCACACGAUGGCCGCCGCGAUGGACGCGCUCGAGGCUGCCGGCGUCGUCAACGACACGGCGGUGAACCCCUACGGCCUGAGCUCCCCGGGCGGGGACGAGGACGGCGUGGAGCGCACGCACGCCGUCGUGCUCGCCAACGCGGGCCCCGUAGGUAGCCAAACCGAGUGGGACGCCUACGCCAAGUCGCCGCCCUUCGUGGUCACGCGACUCACGCCGCGAGACCCGACGUGGUUCGACCCGUUUCACGCCAUCGACUGGACCGACCACGGCCACCAUCCGGGCGAGUUCCCCGAGGCUGGACGGAUCGCGAGGGCGCGAGUGGACGAGCGGGGUUUGGCGUCGGCGGUGGCCGCCGUCGCGGCGAAAAUCGCAAGCGCCUUUGACGCCGAAGGCGGUUAUCGAACGCGGGUGUCCGAAUCUCCGGGCAUCUCAGGCUCCGACAUGCACGCGGACGACGCCGGCGACGUCACGGUCGUCCGCGGUCCGUCCUUCCACCUUCCGACGGACGGAUCGAAGGACGUGUACGUCGUCGGCGUCGAUCGCUCCCAGUCGGGUUCGGCGACGUACUCGGUCACGUCUCUCGCGUCGGCGUCGUUCAACUUUGACGUCCAAACGUCGUUACCCUUGGCGGACGAUUCCACCUACGAGGGCACCGCGACGCGGUGGGGCGAGCUCGCGGGCGUUAACGUCGAGGACGCCGCGGCGAUGUACGUCGUGAAGAUCGCGGCUCGAUGUCCCGAGGGCGCCGUCGACGGCGACGGCGUCAGAUGCGUGGAGGUUAAAGAUGAGGUGGCAAAGUUUGGCGGCGCGACGCACGAGUUCGUCCUCGAGGAGAGGGCGUACGCGCAUCCCGACACGACGACGGGUCCGGAUCGGAGGAACCUGGCGGCGCCCGUUGUCGUGGAGGUGACCAGGGCGUCGCGCGAGGUGGUCGGGCCCGGAGGUUCCGGCUUCGGCCUGUCCUGGUUCCGUCGGUGCGACUUUGAAACUGCGACGCUUGUCUGUGGCGAAGUUCGUACAAAUUACAACUAG